CUAGACUGGCCAAGGCAGACCUGUUACACUUGCCUGAGUUAGGCAUUGUUUGCCAUGCCACUAAACCUGCCGCCAAGUGAAACCUUCAUGGGGGAAAUGAGAUCGAAGUCUGACCUGCUGAAGAUGGACGCCCUGUCUCUGUUUUUAUUUUAUUUUGCUUUCUUUCCUUCAUUUCUUUUAUUUUUAUUUUAUUUUGUCCCUUUUUUGUUUUGUUCUGUUAAAUCUCUUUCCCUUGUACUUGUGAACUGGUACUUCAGUUCUGUAAAAUGAUGUUUGUAAAGGAUUCACAGUGUUUGAUUUUGAAGUUGACCUGAAGCUGCUUAUGAAUGGUGGAUGGUAUAUGGAGAAUUUAGAAUAUGAUUCCUUUUUAGUGCUCUGAAUUAAGAAUAAAUUUGAUUUGGAAUUUGUUUAAGUAUCUAAAUUCAGCAGAUGAGUACAUUGUGUCAGAAGACAAAGAAUAGUUUUGAGAUAUAUUAUUCCAUAUGUUGUGCUUUAUGAGUUUAUCUUGGAAAAGGACAGGUAAAACUCUUACUUCUGGAGAAAGCAACUUUAGAAAGUAAAGUCAUAAUAUUUCUCUGCUACUUUCCCUCAGCAGAGUGUUCCAUUUUAGGUUGCACCAGCUGUUUAAAAAAAGGCUUACUAUUUAUGUCUAACAUGAUGAGUUUAAAAUAAUUAUUUCUGAAAUUCAUUUUUUAAUGAAUUUCAAAUGUCAUGAAAUACUUGUUUACUUCUGGUGAAACCUUGCUCCAGUGAGGUCAGUGGUAGUAAGAUUUCAUCUUUUUUUUCUGUAACUUUAAGAAAAAACUAUUUACCACUCAUAAGUACAAAUGCAGCCUGAAGUUUUGGUUGGAGUGUGUUAUGUGAGACACAUUGUCUUUUAACACUGUUACUUGUGGGAAGAUUGAAUCAGUUUUCUUUGUGUGUGCCUGUGUGUGUUGCACUUUGACAUGCUCUAGUGGUGAUUAUUUCAGGAAGAUGUUUAAGAAAACCACUAAAGUCAGAAAAAAAAGGGUUUUUCCAGUCAUCUCAGAGUCUCAGAAGCCCUGGCAGUUCAUGCUGGAGUGAUUGAUCUCUAAAUGAUGUUCUUCUGGUGAAACAGAAGCCCUGAAACAGAAGUGGUGGACAAGGUGGUGCGUCUAGUCCUUAGGCACUGCUCUUCCCAGCCAGCUGCACUGGGAUCUCAUGUUUUCACUCCUUUCACCAGACUCUGCACUGCAGCUGGGAAGAGCUGUGAUUUGUGAUCUUUGUUGGAUUUGGUCAUGACAGUUGUAAUUGCUGGUAGCUGUAAUCUCUUCAUUUGCUUCUGCUAAAUGCACUAAGAUUCAUGAGUUGGAUCUAAUAUAAUUAUUUCUAAGCAUACGUGUUCUGUUGAUGUAAAGUAGCAGGAAAAUAAUGAUUUUUUAGAUGUUUAAAUUAGACUGUGAACUCUUCAGUGUUUUUAAAACAGGUAAAUUCUUUGCAGAAGCACUUUGGGAUGUGGGGGUUGACUGUAGGUUCACUACAAAGAGUUGGAAAUUAAUUUGAGUGCUUGAGGAAUAAAAAUACUGUAAUUAGUACUUGUUUGAUACAGAUGAUUCUGUUCAGCCUUCAGCAGAAUGGAUUCUAGUAUGGACUAGGUUGUCUAGGGCUCUUUGGACUAAUGGUACAAAAAAAGUAGCAAUCACAACUGUGCCUUUAAGCAAUGCUGUGACAAUGUACGUUUGCUUCCAGAUUCUUGCAAAGGGGAGAAUCAAUAAAUGAUCACAGAACCUGUAAUUUACUAAGCAGAAGAGCUUCUAAGAAAUCUGUCUAAGGAUGUGGUAUAGAUAUGGCAUCAUUAUUUUGACUGCUCCGUCAUUAGAAAAUAAAUAUCUUCACCUCGUUCUUACUCAGAUUUUAAAUACCAUGUUUAAAAAUGAAAGUAUUAUUUUUAAAAUAUAUUGUCCUGAACUGUUGUGUCAUAACCUACAUGUUCUGAUGUAUUCAGUGGGCUUGUAUUUCCUUUACAAAUACAAUCACAGAGGUAAAAUUACAAAAUUUAAAGCUUUUUACUCAUUAAGUUACUUGAACUCACAUUAAUUUGUUUUUCAAAACUAUUUAAAGACUAUAAAGGUAGAUGUUCAAGAUACUGCAGAUUUUUUUUUUUUUUUUUUUUUUUUUUUUUUUUUUUUUUUGCUCCACAACAGUGUUCUGUAGAAUUUUUUAAAAACUUGACCUGGACGUAAAAAUUGGAAAAGUUACCCUGAAGAGACAGUGUCGUUGAAUAUACAGGCAAAUUUUUAGGAUUCUGUCUGUAGAAAUAGACCUUUGUCAUUCUUGAAAACAAAAUAAAUGAAUCUUUCUUUGUGGUGUGGAACUAAUCUACUUGAUUUUUGUAUUUAAAAUAGAACUUUACAUUGUUGAAAUACCAAAAUAUUCUGGAAAUGAUGCUGCAAACUUUACAAUUUACAUAUGCAUGCUAUUCAUUCUGUGAGCUGCUAUAACAUUAAAUGUUCAGUGGAUUUCUUGAACAAUGAUUCAGCAAGUUAAUGAUUUCAGUUAUUUCAGUGCUAUGAUCCAUAUACUUAAAGUUUAGGCUUCUGCUGAAGUCACUUCAUUGUCUAUCUUAGUUAUAUGUGCCUAAUUGAGCACCUGUUUAAAAGGGCUAAAUGCCUAAGCAUUUUAUAAGUUUACCUGGUUAAGUGUCUAUUGAAUUGUCUGUAUGUAAGUGCAUACUUAAAUUAGGCAUAUACUUAUGUACAGUACUGACUAAGGAACUUGGCAUGCAGGCACACCACUAUCAGAGCCAUUUCUACCAUUGGAUUUAAUUGUGCCAUGUCUCUUGAGCCAUAUAAACCUGCAUGAGUAGCUGUUUAAUUGCAAGAUGGUGAUUGUUUCAGGAUAAGUUCUGGUUCAUUAUUCAUUUGAAAAAAUGUUAAUACUUUUAUUUUCAGAAGAACUGGUACAUAAUUCUUUGCCUAAUUUGCAUGCACAUCUGCUGGAACUGUAUAUUCAAAAGCCUGUUAGUAGGCCUACAUAUUAGGCAGGGUAUGCAAAGUACCUGAUACUUUUGAGCAGUCAGGCAAAUCAGCUACCCUUCUCAUUGCAUGCCUGACUUCAAAAUGAGAUGUGUUAAAAGUGCUGAACAUUGUGAUGGUGGCUUAGAUUCAUGCAUGUUUUUUUUAAAAAGUCCUGGAAAUCAUUAUUGCACAGUUAACUCCUAAGCACUAAUAAUUGUCCUAUUUUUUUUUCUCUUAGUUAGCAAAAUCAAGUGAUUUCUUACAUGUUAAGUUACAAGGUGUCUCAAAAUUUAACAUAAAUAAAAUAGAUGUAAAUAGGAAGCAUGAAAAGAAAAUGGGUACUGUUAUUUUAUCUGUUCUGUUCCACCCAUGCUACGUAUAAAUUAAGUUUCCUUUAGAUUUGUUUUGUCAUUCAGUCAUAUCCAGCUGUAAUCCAGACUUUCCCACAGAUCUGUAGAGCAGGUUUGCAGCACUUGUUUCUUUUAGUUUUUUAAAUUAGUAUGUUUUCUGUGGUGUCAGUUGGAACUCAUAUCGCUAAACGUGCAUGGUGUUUUGAAACCUACCUCAAAUUUUCCUUUUCGAUAAGAAUAUUAAUCUUCAAAUUUUGGAUUUAGAUGUUUUGUAGUUAAAACGUGUAGUUUUAAUCAAGGCAGGAAUCCACUGGCACGCUUUUUAUUUAAUACUUGACUAUUAAAACCAUAUUGAAAUAAAAGCAUUUACUUUAUUAAGAUCCAUGGGGUAAUACCAAAGGACUCAGUUAGUUAGCAUAUAUACAGUUAUGCCAGUAAUUUUGAACAGAUAAUAGAUAACUAGUGUAGUUAGAGCUACUUUCACUAGUUUUUUAGUUUAGUGUUUAAUGUUUCUGCCAGUUUUAACACUUUGCGUUUCAAAUUUAAAAUGUACAUUUAAAUGUAAUCUUAAUUGUUUAACUAUUAAUCUUUUUGGCUUUGGAGAUAUUUUUUGGGUUCAUUUAGUAGUCUAAUCAUGGCUAACAUUCAAUGAAACCAGCAUUUAAUUCAGAUUAGUUGUUACUUACUUUUGGCAUUACAGGAAGCCUAUAAUCAGGUUAAAAUAGCAGGCAGUAUCUAUGUUGGGAAAAUAGAGCUUGCUUAGCCUGAUUAGUUAUGAUUUUCUUCAGUCUUAGUAAAUUUAGAGUUAACUUACCAGUUUCAGAUGAACUGGGGUGACUAGAAUAUGAGACUACAUAUCUAAGUUUUUUCUACUCUUCCUUCUUCCACUUUAAAUUUCACUUUUAGUAUGUAUUCUAUGCAGUCACAGUAGUUCAGUAGUUUAUUAUUUUAUGUUUUAUUUUAUAUUUAUUUUUACAUUCUAAGUAAGUAGCACCAGAGUAAUAAAGAAAAGCACAAAUUUCAGUCAGCACAUACUUUGGUUUUUUCUUUUUUCCUUUUUUUUUUCUUUUUUUUUUUUUUUUUUCUUUUUUUCUUUUUUUAGUUUUCUUUCUUUUACUGAUUUGGUUAUUUGCCAUUUCUGGGGAUUAAACUUUAAAAAAUGUUCUUCUUUUCUGUAUCUGAUGUUCUGUGUGCUAUUAGUGAUGCAGCCAACACGAACGGUUGUCAUGUGUAAAACAACUUUCGAUCACCGCGAAAACACCGCCCUGGGAAAGCGUCCAUGCUUGAUAUCGUUUGGUUCAUGAACGUUAAGUUUCCAGUACAGGUAAAAUCCCAGAUGAAGCCAAAGCCCUGUCUCUGUUGGCGCCUGCUCCUACUAUGACAAGUCUGAUGCCUGGUGCAGGGUUGCUUCCUAUACCUACACCAACUCCCUUGACUACACUUGGUGUUUCACUUGGUACUUUAGGGGCUAUACCAGCAGCAGCAUUGGAUCCUAACAUUACAGCACUGGGAGAAAUACCACAACCACCAAUUAUGGGAAAUGUGGAUCCAUCCAAAAUUGAUGAAAUCAGGAGAACAGUCUAUGUUGGAAACUUGAAUUCCCAGACUACAACAGCAGAUCAGCUGCUUGAAUUCUUUAAGCAAGUUGGAGAAGUCAAAUUUGUGCGAAUGGCAGGUGAUGAGACGCAACCAACACGAUUUGCUUUUGUGGAAUUUGCAGACCAAAAUUCUGUACCUCGAGCUCUUGCCUUUAAUGGAGUUAUGUUUGGAGACCGGCCACUGAAGAUAAAUCACUCCAAUAAUGCAAUAGUGAAGCCUCCUGAAAUGACACCACAAGCUGCUGCCAAGGAGCUAGAAGAAGUGAUGAAGAGAGUAAGGGAAGCCCAGUCUUUUAUAUCUGCUGCUAUUGAGCCAGAGUCUGGAAAGAGCAGUGAAAGAAAAGGCGGUCGAUCUCGUUCCCAUUCUCGUUCAGAAUCCAGGUCUAGUUCAAAAUCCCGAUCUAGAAGGAAAAGAUCACACUCAAAACACAGAAGUAGAUCUGGCAACAGAUCUCUCUCAAGACACAAGGACAGACGCAGAUCCCGAAGUCCUCUGAAAAAACGGUCUAGAUCUAUGGAAAGACGGAAAUCAAGAAGUCGCUCUCGUUCUCGGGACAAGAAAAGAGACAAAGAAAAGAUCAAGGAAAAAGAAAAGGCCAAAGAAAAAGAGAAAGACAGAGACCGAGACAAAGAGAAGGAUAGAGAUCGAGGCAAAGACAGGGAAAGAGAGCGAGAUAAAGAGAGAAAUAGGGAGAAGGACAAGGAGAGAGAUAAAGAGCGAAGCAAAGACAGAGAGAGAGCCCGAGACAAAGACAGGGACAAGGAUAAAGAUAGGGAGAAGGAAAAGGAAAAAGAUAAAGAUAAGGAAAAAGACAAGGAAGAGGUAGAUCAGAACAAAGAAAAAGAAGAUACUGAGAAAGAAGGAGAGAAGGAUAGAGAGAAGAUUAAAGACAAGGAGGGAGAUAAGGACAAAGGAGGGGAGAAAGAAAAGGACAGAGAUAAAGAAAAGGAAAAAGAUGGGGAUAGGGAGAAGGAGCGAGAAAAAGAGAGAGAUGAUAAAAAGAAGAAAGAUAAGAGAUCCCGAACACCCCCAAGAAGCUAUAGCUCUUCAAGAAGAUCUCGUAGCUCGAGCAGAGAAAGGCGUAAAAGGAAGAGCAGAAGUCCCUCCAAAUCUCCUAAAACAUCAAAAACGGCAAAAAGAAAGUCUUCACGAACUCCUUCUCCAAGAAGAAACAAGAAAGAAAAAAAGAGAGAAAGAGAUACAAAUAAUGAAAGAAGAGAAAGAGAACGCUCGACUUCAAAGAAAAAAAGUAGUAAAGAAAAAGAAGGAAAGGAGAAAUCUGACAAAAGCACCACUACUUUGAAGGACAAAGAUAACAAUAAAGAAGAUCAGAAUUCAGAAACUGACAAGGAAGUAGACAAUAGAGAUACACAAAGGACAGAUGAAGUCAAGCUACAACAGAAUGGGAAUUGUCAACCAAAUGAGGAAAAUCUCUCAGUUAAAAUGGAAGAGGUAUAAAACAAGGAAUGGACUUCUAAUUCAACUAAGGAAUGAAAUCCAAAGCAUUUUGUUUCCCAGAAUAAGGAAGAAAAUGUCAAAACAAUCAACCUGAAUGUGUUGAUAGUACUAGUAGCUCCUCCAGUUCAUGUGAUAGCUUUGUUGUCUUCUUGCUAUGAAGCAAGAGAGCACAGACCAGUAGUUAAUACCAUGAAAAGGCAGAUGCCAUCAGAAGUAUUCAUCUCUGAAAAUCCAUGCAUUUCCAUGAUGGCUGUACUUGUAAAAUGAUUUAUGUUCAGUUUUGCUAUAAGCUGUUACAAAUAACUAGAAACUGAAAGAUGUAAACCUGUACUUCCCAAAAAAAGCUGAAGAUAUGCAUUGAAGGUUGUUUAAAAUACUGCUUGUUGAUGACUUUUGUAUUGUUUUGCCCUGUAGGUUAAAAAAUCCACAAAAACUUUAAUGUGUGCUGUUUGAUGUGCUUGAAAAUGGUGCAUAAAUAUACACACUUUCUUUCCUUGUAAAUGACAACUGUAGGGAAAGGGGAUUUAAGCAUAAACAUGGUUUUAGUGUUCUUAUGUUAAAUACUCACAGAUUAGUAUGUUUUUCAUUUGCUCACUGCUUGAGAUUAUUAGGAUUUAUUAUUUAAAAUAAUUUCUUACUAAUCUCCCUGAAAUUAAUAUUUCUUAUAAAGUAUUUGAACAAUGCAUGUGCUUUUUCUGUUCCUAAAAGGAACAUUGCCAUGUUAUAGAUAUUAGGUUAGCUUACAGGGUUAUUUUGGGGUUGUUUUGCUUUGUUGUUUUCAUAGAGAAGUGAGCACAUCUAUGUGGUGAUACCAGAACUUACAGCUUUGUUUUGCAAUGUACUGCAGUGUGUCUGUUCAGCUGAGAAUAGUACAGGUGCCAUUAAGAAAAUAAAUUUUUCCUUUUUGUUAAAAAGAUAUGGGAGCACAAGCAGAAGCUUUAGUGCCUUCUUAAAAUGUGGUAUUUUCUAGAAAUGUAUAUGUGCUGUUACACAUUUUUAGCUAAAUCUUCUAUGAUCUCUUGCUACUUUGCCACCACCAUACUGUAGACAAAAAUGCAAGUGACUUGCCAGAAUGGUUGUUUGAUUCACUUGUUAAAAUAGUGAUGCUCCAUUUUACUUUUAUUUUUUAUUCUUAGAAGAGAUUUAUAAAUAAGAGAAAAGAUGUAAUUUGGGGACCACCACUGUACAAAAGUAGUAGCUGAAUACAAAGUGUGCUCUCAUCACCUGCAUCAAAGAAAACCCUUAAGACAUUUAAUAUACAUUUGGAUGGCCUUAAUUGUUACCUCUCUGUUAUUUUCUCUAAUACCUGUUGGGCAAUAUAAAAGGACUGACAUGCAAAGAAAUAGGGGAUAAAUAAUUUGAGGAAGAAAGUUCUAAUUUAUGCCGGGCUUUCAUAGUAGAGAUUCUUUUAUCAUAUUUUGUAGAGAAAGCAUGCAAGAAGAGAAUGACAAAACAGGUGGUUUUGUCAUGGCAAAACAUGGCUUUUUUUCUUGGAAGUAAUUUAAUCGGUUAUGUGAGAUUUCUGGUAAGUUAUGCUUUUAAGACAUAAUUAUAGUUAAAAUUGCGUAGAUUAUUUUUACUGCAUCUUAAUGCAAUCAAAUUAUUAAUUGCCUUACCUCAUGGGAAGUGUUAUUUCUUUCAGUUAAAAUAAAAAACUAAGUGUAUUGGCUGUUUGCUUUCUACUUGUUUUACUUUUCCUCCACAUAGUUAAGUUUUUUUAGUGGAAGGGAAGCAUAUUACAGGGGAUGAAAACUUUGCCCAGUUCCUAAGGUAAUGAAAUCCAAUUUGAUGGUGAAGUUGCUUAAUCACUCCUCAUUUUCUAUAAGAUUUAAUGUUCUUGCCACUGUGUACAUUUAAGACAUCAGAAAAUGCUUUACCAUGUAAAGUAUAGAACAGCCAUUUUUGUGAUGUUUAAGCCACAUGCUGUUGGCUGGUAAACAGCUAAUUCUGAUAAAAGAAUAAAAAAUCUGUAUGCUUACAGGAAGACUGUGAAAGAUUGUGUCUUGCAACAACAGCUGUCUUAUUUAUGAUGUGUAAGUAGCAUAGAGCAAAGAGAUUGUUUGUAUACUUGUUAUCUUUGGUACCAUUUCACUAAUAAAGUAAGUAUUUUAGAGGGA